AUGAUCAACUCUCCUCAACACAGAUUAGCUCAGUGGUUGGCCAGACAGAUCAGUCCCAUUCGUACGAAACUUUCCCAUUUCGGGUUGAAAGAUUCUUUCCAGUUGAAGGAUACAUUAUCGGAUAUUGAUUACCGCCAAUGUUUCCUUGCUUCUUAUGAUAUUGCUUCGCUAUUCACUAACGUACCAGUGACGGAAGCCGUGGAGGAAGUUUGUGAAUAUGCCAGUGAAAUUGGAUUUGAGGCAACUGAAUUGAGAGCCCUAUUGAAAUUGUGUGUUCGUAAUGUGCAGUUUGUCUUCAAUGGCACAAUCUUCCGUCAGAUAAAUGGAGUGGCAAUGGGAAGCCCACUUGGACCAAUCUUAGCUGAUAUAUUCAUGUCCAAACUUGAGAACAACAUUUAA